UCAAAGAAAAAAGAAAACAAAGGGAGGAAGAGCUGGGAGGUUCUACAAGUUUUGAUUGCACUCCAUCUCCACCAUCACGCCACGAGAAAUGGAAAAGGGCACGUCAAAGAAAAGACGACGAGUUCACAUCAGAUGCUACGUGCGAAGUGGCUCAAAGGAUUGAUGAUCUGGUUGAACAAACUGAAGUCAUUUUAUUCACUGCACAAGAUCGUCAUGACAUCUUGGUAUAAGCGAUUGGAACCCAGGAGCAUCAUGGGCGAGUCCAUGAUUUUGGAAGAGGCGUUGGCUUCAAGGCAUUUUUUGGACCAUCUAAAUCAUCUAGUGGGAAAACCCGUAAGAGAGAGAGAGAUUAAAGAGAUUGUUGUUGUUGAGUUGGAGAAAGAAAGUGAGAAGCGGGAUAGGAAGUUGGAGGAUAAUAGGAAGAAGUUUGAGGAGGAGAGGAAGAGGUGGAGGGAGGAGCAAGAUAGGAAGUUGGAGAAGGAUAGCAAGAAGUUUGAGAAGGAUAAGAAGAGGUGGAGGGAGGAGCAGGAUAUGAAGUUUGAGGAGGAGAGGGAGAGGUUGUUGCAGACUAUGCGAGAGAGUGUCCAUAAGCAACAAGGGGAGCUAGAGAGGAUGACUGAGGAGAAGGUGUUUGAGAAGUGUACCCAUAAUGUGCUUGAGAUAUAAGUUGUAUGUUGUUAUUAUUAUUGUUUACGUAUUUUAAUUUUGGAUUGUAUUUAUGUUGUUUUUAUGAUGCAUAAAUUGAAUUCUUUGGGUCUA